CUCUCUCUCUCUCUCUCUCUCUCUCUCUCUCUCUCUCUCUCUCUCUCUCUCUCUCUGAUGAGUGAAAGGAGUGCUGUCAGCCUCUCUGCUGCGCUUCCAGCUUGCGGACCCACACUAACUGAGUUAAGGGACAGUUUGAAAUCACGCAAAGAUGGAAAAAUGCGAGAUUUCCAACAAAUGGACUAUCUAACCGAGGUCCACUGUAAGGUUGCAGGUUUAACGUGGACUGUCCUAGCCUUGCAGGUGGGUCUGUCAUUGUAAGUUUACUUGGCUUAAAAGCAGAUUCCAGUCCUGUGCAUCUCCAUGAGUAACCAGACAGAAGUCCCUGCUCCCCCUUCAUGCCUUAUUCAGGUCUUUGACAUCCUCUCUUCACCCUCUCUCUCCCCGCCUGACCGUCACACCUCCUCAGUCUUCCCCAAAUGAUGUCGUCUGCAGUCCGAGCUCUUCUCCUGGUUCUGCUGGGGGCCGGGGUGCUGCUCUCCAGCGGAGAUUCUCCCCGCAGGGAAAUUAAAAUAGACGGAGACCUGGUGCUCGGCGGUCUCUUCCCCAUCCACGAGAAGGGUCAGGGCAUGGACGAAUGCGGCCGCAUCAAUGAAGACCGUGGGAUCCAGCGUCUUGAGGCCAUGCUCUUCGCCAUCGAUCAGAUCAACCAGGACGUGGGUCUGCUGCCGGGCGUGGCGCUGGGCGUCCACAUCCUGGACACGUGCUCACGGGACACGUACGCUCUGGAACAGGCGCUGGAGUUUGUCAGGGCGUCUCUUACAAAAGUGGAUGAUACAGAAUUUAUCUGUCCAGAUGGCUCUUACGCAUUUCAGGAAGACAGCCCGCUUGCCAUAACAGGUGUCAUUGGAGGAUCAUUUAGCAGUGUUUCCAUACAGGUUGCGAACCUGCUCCGGUUAUUCCAAAUUCCUCAGAUUAGCUAUGCUAGCACAAGUGCCAAGCUCAGCGAUAAAUCCCGCUACGACUACUUUGCACGCACCGUACCUCCAGACUUCUACCAGGCCAAGGCCAUGGCCGAGAUCCUGCGUGCCUUUAACUGGACCUACGUUUCUACAGUUGCCUCAGAGGGUGACUACGGAGAGACGGGCAUCGAAGCUUUCGAGCAACAAGCACGUUUGAGAAACAUCUGCAUUGCCACUUCAGAAAAAGUGGGACGAUCGAGCGCGAAGCGUUCCUCGUACGAAGCUGUGAUCCGUCAGCUUCUACAAAAGCCCACGGCCCGAGUAGCCGUGCUGUUUCUGCGUAGCGAUGACGCACGGGAACUCAUAGCGGCUGCAGCCCGCCUCAAUGCUUCUUUUCUUUGGGUGGCCAGCGAUGGAUGGGGGGCCCAAGAGAGUAUUGUAAAAGGGAACGAGUUUACGGCGGACGGAGCGAUUACGCUAGAGUUGUCCGCUUACCCGAUACCCGAAUUUAAUCGCUACUUCCAGAGCCUAACCCCCUUCAAUAACCACCGCAACCCCUGGUUUAAAGACUUCUGGGAGCAAAAGUUUCAAUGCUCACUAAGUGGAACUUCGUCAGCGGGAGCAGGGACACCCAAGCCACCUUGUGACCAAGAUUUGAGGGUGAACGAAUCCAACUUUGAGCCCGAAUCGAAAAUCAUGUUCGUCAUAAACGCAGUGUACGCCAUGGCGCACGCUUUACACCGCAUGCAGCGAAGUUUGUGCGUCAACACGACGCGGCUGUGCGACGCUAUGCGGAGUCUUGACGGCAGAAAGCUCUACCGGGACUAUCUGCUUCAUGCCAACUUCAGAGCUCCAUUCUCCCCACCUGGCUCGGAAAAUCAAGUCAAAUUCGAUGCGUAUGGUGACGGCAUGGGAUGCUACAACAUCUUCAACUACCAGCGUGUGCCAGGCAGCGACAAGUAUGCUUACAUCAAGGUAGGAGAGUGGGCGGAGAGUCUUUCCCUUAACGAGGCCAUGAUUGGCUGGCCGAGGGGAGCAGACGUCCCCACCUCUCAAUGCAGUGACCCGUGCGCUCCAAACGAAAUGAAGAAGAUGCAGGCAGGAGAAUACUGCUGCUGGAUCUGCACUCCGUGCGAGACGUACGAAUACCUGCCGGACGAAUUCACCUGCAUGCCCUGCGCGCCUGGCCAGUGGCCCCGCCCUGACCUAACCGGGUGCUACGACCUGCCAGAGGAUUACAUCAUGUGGGAGGAUGCUUGGGCCAUCGGGCCCACCUCUAUUGCAUGCGUGGGCUUCAUCUGCACCUUAAUGGUCUUUGUCGUUUUCAUUCGCCACAAUGACACGCCACUAGUCAAAGCGUCUGGUCGUGAGCUGUGCUACAUCUUGCUCCUGGGUGUCUUCAUGUCCUACACUAUGACUUUCAUAUUCAUUGCCAAACCGUCGCCUGUCGUGUGCACGCUACGCCGGCUGGGCCUCGGUACGUCGUUCGCAGUGUGCUACUCUGCCCUGCUAACGAAGACCAAUCGCAUCGCUCGGAUCUUUAGCGGGGUAAAAGAGGGCGGGGUUCAGCGGCCGCGCUUCAUCAGUCCCAGCUCACAGGUUUUCAUUUGUUUGUCACUGAUCUCAGUGCAGUUGUUGCUGGUGUCCAUCUGGCUCCUGAUAGAGGUGCCCGGCACGCGGCGUUUUACCACGCCGGAGAAACGUCAGACUGUCAUAUUGAAAUGUAACGUACGGGACUCUAGCAUGCUGCUGUCGCUGACCUACGAUGUAGUUCUGGUGGUGCUCUGCACCAUUUACGCCUUUAAGACCCGCAAGUGUCCGGAGAACUUCAACGAGGCGAAGUUCAUCGGCUUUACCAUGUAUACUACCUGCAUCAUCUGGCUGGCCUUUCUGCCCAUCUUCUACGUUACCUCCAGUGAUUACAGGGUUCAAACCACAACCAUGUGCAUAUCUGUCAGUCUGAGUGGAUUUGUGGUGCUGGGCUGCAUGUUUGCUCCUAAAGUCCACAUCAUCAUGUUCCAGCCGCAGAAGAACGUCACCAGUCAUCGACUAAACCUGAACCGACUCAGCGUGAGCGGGCCGACCACCAGUUAUGCAUCCCAAGCAUCUGCAAGCGCCCACUACGUUCCAACGGUGUGCAACGGCCGAGAGAUCGUCGACUCCACCACUUCCUCUCUGUGACCCCAUCCUUUAAAAAAAAACUCCUGCUCCAUAGCGACUGUUAGCCAAUCAGCACACAUUGUGCUCCGCCCAAGAACUAGGUCUGCCUACAGUGUGUAGAAAGUGUGUAUUAUGAUUAUUAUUAAAUUAUUUUUAGGGCUCGUUGUAAAUAUUAACUGACAUUGUUGUAGAGAAACAAAAGAACAACAACAAAAAAAUCUUUUUAGAGGGAUUUUGGAAGCUUUUGUUUGAUAGAUUUAUUAUAUAUGUUGUAAAUGAUGUGAUGAUGUAAAAGUUUUUACAGUAAUCGGGCCACAGUAGUGACUGACAGACCGGCUCCGCCUGCAAUACCGGACACAGUUUGUGGUCGUUUUCUUUUGUAGGCCUCAUUGUAAUAACCUAAACUGUAUGUAUUUUUAUGUUGUAUAUUUUGUACAGAAUCUUAACCGACGGUUUUAACAGCACAAGUUGACUGUGUUAGAGUUUCCUGCAGAAAGCGAGCACUCGCUCUUAAAAUCACGUUGGCUCAUCGCAGGCAUUGGUUGAUAAUUACAACAUCAUUAAAGUAAAACAUAACAUCUAAACGCAUGUUACAUUAACUGCAUCUGUUGAAGCAUUGCGUAACAUUUGAAAAGACAAGCCUUCUGUGAACGAAAGGUUUCCAGAUACCCGCACCGAGCAUCAUUUCGAUGUAAAAGAGAAAAUACUAAAUCACAUAAUUACUGACGUGUGCAAUGCUUUGUGAUGCAGCGAAUGUAAAAUGUACUCUGUUGUUCGAUAUCG